GUUAGUCUGUAAAAAAGUGGAAUAUAAGAGAAACUAAAGCAUCUGAAAUUGUAUUCCUAUCGCCGAAGAAUGAAAUGAGAUAUAUUAAUUGCUUGUGCCUAAUCAAGUACCCAAAUACAGUACUGCUUGAUUCUGCGAAUUGCCUCAAAUCUCAAAUUCUUCGACGAGUUUGUUUACUCCAAUCCAAAUGCGCUGACGCUUAAAAAAGGAGCUCUCACACACAAAUCUCGGCUUGCAAGGUGUCUAAUUUCUUCAAUUAAAAUGAUGUACAAUGGCAGUAAUUCCAACCGCAGUUCAAGCAACCUAGAAGAAUCCAUUUUGAUUACACAUUAUGUGAAUCCCCAGAAAUUCAGCUAUGUUAAAUGCAAAGAUGUGCAGGCCCACGCUGUGUUCCUUCUUCAAAUGGAGGGGCUUUUAGCAGGUUACUGCACCAAUGGAAGGUCGAUGCAGGUGUUCCAGGAUAAUCAGGCAGUUAUUGUGCGAUACAUGCCUUGGAGUCCGCCCAAGCUCCUAAGGGGUGUGGUGCGUAGGCGCCAGGGCGAAAAGUACUUGAUUUGGGUGCACGAUUACGGAUUCACCUUAUGCUGCUCUGUUGGGGAUUUGUGGCCGCUUCCUGAGGAUUUGCGUUGCAGUUUCUGGGACAUCAACGUGGGCGGAGUGGCAUUUAUCGCUCCCCAUAAUGGCAGUUCCUGGUCCCGAGACGCAAAACGAACCUUUGACAAUCACCUGGAGGAAGCUAUCCAGCUCACUUUUAAAGUCUUAUAUCAAAGUCCAAAGAAUCUAGAUUUCGGGCAGCUUAUGUUAAAAACCCUCGCGACUGAGCCUUUUAGGGAUGCUGCAAUUUUUCUAAUUGAUCGAAAAUAUGCCUGUCACAAUGACAAAAAGAUUAUGUUGAUGGACAGCUCUAACGAUGAUUUCAGCUUUGAGCUGGCUGAGAUCAACGACUUGGCGAUAAAAGCACACCCGCGCGUUAAAAAAAUGUUUGAACUGGUGGCUGGUAGCGCAUUAACCCAAAAGUCUCUGAAACUCCAGCCCGGUAUUAAGACCUUCCUGGCUGAUCAAAAUACCAUUUACACCGAUACAGCUAUGGCCAACUAUAACACAGUAGAGAACACUGACUCCUUAUCCAAAACGUCAAAGGAAAAAGCUGGUAAUAAAAACGAUUUGAACAGGUCGAGACGGAAUUUGACCCGCCCGGAGACUCAGCACAAGAAGCUGGACGGCCUACUGGAGUAUCGCAACCCCUUACUCAUACCGGAAACCGGAAAAGUCCUGAGCAAAAUUCAAAGCAUCCGCGACAAUUCCGUCGAAACUGCUCUUAAUAACACAUCAACAAAAAUUGAUCAAGAAACUAUGAUAUCAGAUAAAACUAACCUAUUGGAGAUAAUAAGGGAGACAGAAACCAAAUCCAUAAGAGUUCAUAAUCUAUCUGAUUGUUUGUUUAAGUUGGAGACACCACCAGUUAGGCAAAUAUCAGAGCAGUCAAUCCAUGAAUGUGUUUCUUACCAACCGAAACCCUAUGAUGUAAAGAAUACGGCGGCAGCAUCAUCCUUUACAUCGUCCGCUUCUUCAUUAGCACCUUCGUCUGUAUCUGCAAAUGGGAAUCGAACUGACCAAUCGAAUUCUCAAUCAGAACCCUUAUGCAUGAAUAAACUCGAUCGCAUUUUUUAUGACAUGCUUAGUAAAAAAUCCUCGGGAAGUUUUAUGCCGAAGAAUGCAAACAGAAAAACGAAUCCAAUUCCCCUAAUUAUGACAAGAGAUUCGGGAAAGAAAGUUGAAUCCGUCGUUGGAAACAAGGACAUAACCGUUGAAAGCUUGGUGCUAGUCCACAGCCACGAGUCAGUAUAUCCUGUCACAUGUUAUAAGGAGUUACCUCUUUGCAAGGAGAUCCUAAUGGCUAUGAAUGACCUGUAUUUUCACUCACCAUUGGAGGCGCAACGGUACGCAUGGCCGCAUCUCUUGCAGGGCGGAUCCCUGAUGCUGGUGAAUGGCUCGCGAACAGGUCGCUCCUGGAGUUACCUGCCCGUACUUUGCUCGUCGGUGUUGCGUUCCAUACAGGAUAGUCAACCCAUCCGUUGGGAGUCGCUUGCCUGUGGUCCCCUGGCCCUGCUGGUGGUGGAUUCCGUGGACAAUGCCAAGAAAUUGUCCAACCAUUGCGACUUCCUGAUGAGGAACUACGAUACACAGCACCUGAAAGUGGUCAAUGCUCAUGCUCAUUCCAUGGCAGAUGUGUACUCAAUGCUGCUAAACUCGUGCGGCGUUUUAGUGGCAACACCGGCGUAUUUGUUAGAUAUAUUAAAUGUCGAUGAAUUAACUCUAGUGGAUCCGACUAGGUUAAAGUACCUAAUCUUCGAUGACUUCGAUCGUAUGCGACUGGGGAAUCCGCAGCUGCUAGACGAAGUGCUCCAGAAAAUAUAUGGCAUGGGCUGUCUAACGAUGCAGUGGGUCAUUGUGGCCCAGCAAUGGAAUUCGGAGAGAUUCAAGAAACUUUUGAAGCGAGCGACCAAACCACUGCUUCUAUUCGGAGAUUUUUUCACGGCUGCCAUGUACGGUGGUCUCAAAUUGAAGUUGAUUCUAAGAAAUUCUGCUUUGAAAAAGAAGCAGCUCCUCAAUAUUCUGGCGGAACAGGAAGGUCCAAAGAAACGUACAUUGAUCUACUGCAAAAGUCAGGAGCUGGAGAAUUUACAAAUUAUUUUGACUCAAGCGGGACAUAAAUGUUUGGGCAUUUCAAAAGCAAUAAAUCAGGAACCACACGAGUUGUUGCUGGUCAGUGACAGCCUGCUUCAAAAACAGCUACCUGUGAAAAACAUUGAACUACUUAUCCACUACAAUCUUCCGGAAUCCUGGUCUAAGUUUGGCAUCCGAUUCCACACCAUGGCGGACAGCAUUCGUAAUUAUUUUACAACACCGCUUGAAAACGUCCCGCUGUUAGUUACCUAUAUAAUGCUGGACGAGAAGAACUCCAAGGAGUGGUAUCGCACCAUGAAAUUCCUUGAGGAUCACGGCGUUGUCACGAACGAGUUGAUGUCCAAAUUCAAUCGCAGUAGCCAGCAGAAAUCGGAUAAUAGUCAACACUACUGUCCAUCCCUACUGAGCAGGGGAGAUUGUAAUUGGAGCGAAUGUAUUAAGCGGCAUCACUACGUUAAAGAAGAUUUUCAGUAUCCUGGUAGUCCUCUGCAGCAAUCAGGAACCAUAAUUCGCUGUAAAUUGUACAAAGCCUACGACGCAGCUCACAUGGCCGUCUGGCCCAUUAAAUAUAAGUCCAAAGAUUCAACCAGUUGGGUGGAUGUGUCCUACCCAUCCAGUCCAUCGACAUUAUUGCUUAAAAUGAGCUUGGGAGUGCCCCAAAAUGUACAUUACCCAUAUCAUCUUAACGAUGUCUGUUUUGUGCUGCAUCACGGACACUUGCGACGGGUAAGAAUCGUGGACACCCCUUCCAGACGUCCGGUCACUGUCCAAUUUAUGGAUCAUGGCACUGAGCUACUGCAGGUUAAGCCUUGUGAGUUGCUGGUGUGUCCGGAGAAGUUUAAGACCCUGCCACCUCUAGCCCUGGAUAUUCGUUUGUCAGACCUGGUUGCUGCAGGAGAAGAUGGCAAUUGGUCGUCGGAUUCCUUUCAAUGGGUGCAGGAAAGCUUUGGUGCCAUUGAAGGUCAGAUGAUGCAGGUUACCGUUGACUUCGCAAUUCUAGAUGUGGUCUAUGUCUUGGAAAUCGCUUUGAUAGAGGAGUGCCGAACUAUGCAAACGAGUGCCUACAAAACUUUUUUGCGCAAGGAACUGAUUCGUCAAGGAUUUGCCAAAAGGGAUGGUUUAGCCUUCCACGAACUGCGGACCAUGUAUGAGCACCGGAAACAAGAAAUGGAAAAUUUGGGUACCAACAAAGAAAAUCUUGGUUAUUCCAAGUUUAAUAACGAUUUGGAGGAACUUGAAAAGGAAAUAACUUCUUCACCAAAUAGAAAAACAUCAAGUUCUUCAAGAUCUAAAGAAGCACGCCGAAAUGAAAGGCCUGAUUCGAAUUUACUUCCGACACGCCAGGAAAAUGGAAUGUUCUCAAUGAUAACAACAGUUAACAGAUACAUAAACGAGCAUGUGUCGGGCAACACCGAAGAAAAAAAAGAACUGUCUUUUAAUAAAAAUGAAAUUAAUGUUGAUAAAGUUACUCUAAAGGAUAGUGAAAAGCAGGAAAAACCAGUCCAGAUUGAACACCCGUUAGACAGUUCUACUGCAUUACUAAACACUCUGAUUCACGAGUUAAACACCAACAACCCUUUGAAGAAACAGCAUACGCAACAAUUCCUUCACAGCAUUGUAAAUGAAAAAGAAAAUCGGGAUAUACAACACAACAAAUUAAGCGCAAAAGCAUUAAAUUUGGAUAAACCAGUUGAAGAAGGUCCCCAAGAUCCUUCAAAUGAACAAGUAUCGCAAUAUUUGCAGUGUGCUACUAAAGCGGGGGAGUCAGUGCAUCCGAGGGUUAAAUGGCACCAGACCCAAACCCGUAUCGAGCUUACAAUUGAACAGCAAGUGCCAGACUAUAAUCUUAUUCUAGAAGGUAAUACCUUGAAAUAUAGCGUAACAACAACUACUCCUCCCCAGAGAUGCAUCCUUAAUCUGCUGGGCGUGGUAAGGAUUGAAUCGGUGAAACAACUCGGCUAUUGUCUUCAAGUAAAGUUGACCAAGGCUGAUUUACUGGUCUACUGGCCAACACUUCUGAACUCGCUCUACGCUCAACAACAAUCCCAUUGGUUGACCUAUGAUACGGAGCGGGCUCAGGGACCUCCACUACCAGAGUACCUGGUCCAGUGGAAAGAGUAUCUGAGUCGGGAGAUUAGUAAUAACAACUCCAAUCCAGAGGAAGAUGAAUUUAAUUCUUCUCAAGAAGACUUCGCCGAGCCGGGAGUGGAAUAUGGUAACUUCGACUCGGCUUUAUUUGAAGAUUUUUAGGGUUAUCUUAUCAUAUUUUCAUUAUCCAUUCAAAAAUGUUACAUAACGAAUUUCAAAUUAACAUUAAUUUUCAAGGAUAGUUGUUAAUUUGUAU